AUGCCUGCUCCCGUUGAAUCGUCAAACAUUAGAGGCGGCCAUGAACUAGCACGCCCUCGCCUCUCCAGAAACCUUGAGUAUUCUGGUUCGCUAGACUCAUAUUCAUAUUCAGACUUGACUCCUGUUAUCGGUCGAGAAUACCAAAGCCUGCAGAUUACGGACAUAUUGGAAUCCAAGGACAGCGAUCGUUUAAUCCGCGAUCUUGCCGUGACCAUUUCCGAAAGAGGAGUUAUCUUUCUGCGAAAUCAGGAUGCCUCAACUGAGCAGAUGCGUGCAUUCAUAGAGAAAUUGACCUCCUUGGCUGGCUGUCCCGAAUCAUCAGGUCUACAUAUCCACCCUUUAACGGAAGAAGGGAGUGAACUCGGCGAUCAAAUCAGCGUCAUCAGCAGUACAAAACAGAAGAAAGGCGGAGGUCUCACGCACCAACUCAGUGAUACUAGCCGCCUGGCUUCUGUCGGAUGGCAUUCCGAUAUCACUUUCGAACCAGUUCCGUCAGAUUAUGCCACGCUUAAGAUUCACACCCUUCCUGAGACCGGGGGUGACACACUGUGGGCAUCUGGUUAUGAGAUCUACGACCGAUUGUCGCCAGAGAUGGCUGCUUUCUUAGAGAAAUUGACCGCAACACAUGAUGCUAAGUUCUUCCAUGAUGAGGCGGCUAGGCUGGGAAAUCCAUUGAGAACAGGUAUCCGAGGAUCGCCAUUGAACCAAGGUGAUGAAUUAACGGCCGUACAUCCUGUGAUUAGGACAAAUCCGGUCACGGGUUGGAAAUCUGUAUUUGUCAACAGAGGCUUCACUCGCCGAAUUAAUGGAGUAACGAGAGACGAGUCAGAUAUGCUGCUACAUUAUCUGUUUAAUUUGGUUACACAAAACCAUGAUGCUCAGGUUCGCUUCAAGUGGAGUACGGACGAUGUCGCUAUUUGGGAUAAUCGCUCAACAUGGCACACAGCCACAUAUGACUAUGAAGAUGCGCGGGCGGGAGACCGUGUCUGUAGUCUGGGCGAAGCUCCUUAUUUGGAUCUCCGCUCGAAGUCCAGAAGACAAGCUUUAGCAGAAAGAGAUUAA